AGAAGAGAAUGGGAAGAAGCCAUGUUGUUGACUGUCAACCAAGGAAGAACCAUAUUCCAGCUUCUCAUUGGCCAAUAUCUGCUACUAUUUCCAUAUUACAUGCCUUCUUAUCUCCACUGUGUCCAUGCGUUCCCUUUUCAAGCCUUUAAAUGGAGAAAAGGGUGAGGGAAAGGGAAGAAACCACUGCCAAACAAGCUGCGGGUGUCUUCUCUCAGAGCACAACUCACAGCUUCCCUCGGUGCUUCGAUGGAAGCUGAGGCACAGGAUGUGAUGGCCAAGAGGCCAUCCACAUCUCGGUUCGGAAGGGUCUGCGUCUUCUGUGGCAGCAGCCCUGGGAAGAAGGCAAGCUACCAGCUUGCAGCAACCCAGCUCGGCCAUGAACUGGUCCAAAGGAACAUAGACUUGGUCUAUGGUGGGGGAAGUAUUGGCCUCAUGGGUCUUGUCUCUCGAGCUGUUCAUGAUGGCGGCCGCCAUGUCUUGGGAGUUAUUCCCAGGACCCUAAUGCCCAGAGAGAUUACAGGAGAGACUGUAGGAGAGUUGAGGCCUGUCUCAGGGAUGCACCAAAGGAAGGCCGAAAUGGCUCGCCAAGCUGAUGCCUUCAUAGCAUUGCCUGGUGGCUAUGGAACCCUGGAAGAACUCCUCGAAGCCAUAACCUGGGCUCAACUAGGGAUCCACGACAAGCCGGUAGGCUUGCUGAACGUUGAUGGCUACUACAACUCCCUGCUCUCCUUCAUCGACAAGGCCGUGGACGAGGGAUUCAUUGCGCCCGCCGCGCGUCAUAUCAUCAUCUCCUCACAAACUGCCCAUGAGCUACUGUCGAAGCUCGAGGAGUACGUGCCGACGCAUGAUGGAGGUGCACCGAAGCUGAGUUGGGAGAUGGAGCAGUUAGGGCACUCUCCCAAACUGGACAUUUCCCGUUGACCACCUGCCCCUGUGUGCAUGUUGACCAAGCCUCACUCCCACUCCAUUCUCGAACCACUUCUUCUGCUUCUUCUUCUCUCUCUCUCUCUCUCUCUCUCUCUUCCUUCCUUCUUCUCUAAUCUAAUGACUUGUCUUCUUCGCCUUCUUUUCUGGUGGUUGACCUUUUGACCUCAAAGCUUGGGGAACAGAUAAAGCGAAAAUGACUCACUCAGUGUCGGUAAACUUUUUCUUCUUCUUGUCUUUCCCUUCUUAAAGCAUGAAUAAAAUUGUCACUUUUGUUUUUAA